CACAACAAACAACACAUACCGGAAAAUAGACGCGCAUUUUCGCAGCUCGUGAGCUUAAUUUAACUAUUUUGUGAGCACACUUAAAACUUAAGCACAAAUAAUGGCCUACGAUGCGGCACACGACGAUGGACCAGGUUUCGUGGGCAUCCGGUUCUGUCAGGAAUGCAACAACAUGCUGUACCCGAAAGAGGACAAGGAAAACAAAAUUCUUCUCUAUGCGUGUCGGAAUUGUGAUUACAAGCAGGAAGCAGACUCGAACUGUAUCUACGUGAACAAAAUUAUGCACGAAAUUGACGAGCUGACCCACAUUGUACCGGACGUGAUAUCGGAUCCGACGCUUCCGCGCACCGAGGAACACGCCUGCCCGAAAUGUUCCCACCGGGAGGCCGUCUUCUUCCAGGCCCAAACCCGCCGAGCUGAGGAGGAAAUGAGACUGUACUACGUGUGCACCAACUCGUCCUGCUGCCAUCGGUGGACGGAAUGAGCGUUCUACGGUUGGAUCGGAUUGGAAGUAUGGAAGUAUUAUUGCUGAAAUAAAUAUUUUCUCACAAGGUAA